AUGAUGACACAGGAGAAAGAGUACCUGGAAAUGUCCGAUGAAUUCGAUGAAAAUAAGAUGAAUAUUAAGUUGUAUGAUUAUCCAGAUAUAAAUUUUUCAUCAUCGUCAAUGUCGACGACAAUGCUUAUUAAAUAUGAUUGUGAUGAUAUCGUCGAUCCCGAACUCAUAUGUCCAAUUUGUCAUUUACCAUUUACUGACCCACACGUUGCUAAAUGUGGGCAUACAUUUUGUAUUGGAUGCAUCACAUUUUGGGACGAAGAUUAUUGCCCAUCACCCUCUUGUGAAGAUAACUGGACAAAAGUUGAUAUAAAACCAAUCACCGCUAAAUUUGUCCACAAUAUGCUCAAUCGAAUUCAAGUUAAUUGUAAAGCUUGUGGUCAAAAAUGGCUACGACGAGAUCAAUUUGAACUUCACAGAGAGCAAGAUUGUCCAAAAGAAUUGAUUUAUUGUAAAGCAUUGGCUUACGAAUGUCCUUGGAUGGGAUUUCGGGAAGAAAGACUUAAAAGUAGCGGAAUUAAUGAUCAAACAGUCAAACUAUUAAUGAAUGUACUUAAAAAUGAUAAUAAUACUCUUGAAACACUAAAUCUUUCCAUGAACAAGGAUUUGACUGAUGCUUGUCUCAAUUAUGUUGUUGAAAUGCUCGAAUAUAAUCAAUCGAUUCGACGUAUUAGUUUUCUCUAUUGCAAUAUAUCCAUGGAGGCUCAAAAUGACUUUGAAACGAAAAUAUCAAAAAGAAAAGAUGUUUCAAUUUAUUUUGUUCCUAAAUGGCAACGUCAUGAUGCAAAAUUGUCCAUCGGCGAACAAUUUGUAUUUCUAUAA